UGGUACCAACACAAAACUAUCUCUUCUAAAAUCCAUAGUCCCAAAACCCAUUUUCACUCUAUCAUUGAAGUAAACAUGAGGCUAAGUUUUAUCUUUGGAGCUCAAGUAUUUUUCCUUUUCUUUUUACUUUCCUCUUCAUUACUUUUUGCUAGGACACUUACUAGUGAACAAGAGCCAAACACAAAAUUUGAUGAAGUCUCAAGGGAGGACUUUGUUUUGGAGGUGGAAGGAAGUGAUUCUUUGAAGCUGAUGGAAAUGGAGAACUGCAAUAUUGAAGAUGAAGAAUGCAUGCAGAGAAGAAUGACUUUAGAAGCUCACCUAGAUUACAUCUACACCCAACAUCAUAAGCCUUGAAAUCAUAAAUCUUUUUAUAAUUCAAAGAGUGUAAUAUUAUCUUCUUAAUUUAACUUUAGAUAAUAUAAACCUAGGAAAUUUCUCAUUGUAUUUAUUUUCACUAUAACACAUAUCAUCUCAGUUUAAUGUAAUGCAACUUCUAUAAACAUAUAUGUAACAGAAACUAAAUUGAUGACUAUAUAAUAUAAUAUAUACGUGAUAA